AUGUCGACUCAGUUCCCUCAUCCUCCCACUCCUAAGGGUGCCCGCAACAACCGUCGUCCUCAGAAGAAGAACACAACUCCUCAAGUACAGAAGACUGCCCUGCUCAGUACACCCCCAUCCUCUCCCCCAAGAAACAUGAGUCCCGCUGGAGCUGCUACCGACUCCUCGAAUAAUGUCCAAUCCAAGAAGAAGCCUCCGCGCUCGGGCAAGAAACCGAGCCAGAGCCAAGGCAAUCGCGCAUCACCUGCGCCGAAUGGACAUGCCCGCACCUCUUCCCAGCCCAGUAACGGCACCCCUAUGAAGGACAAUGCAGCAUAUGCGGGCCCAACCUUCCACGCAUCGCCUGCGCCAUCGGCUCUGCCGAUUCCCAGCUUCUUCUCCAAAUCCUUCCCUGAGUCGGACCUUGCGCCCACUCUCGAGACGGAUAGCGAGGAUGCGGAAACGGAACAGGAUCUGGAGACCACUCCCUCUAAACCGCGAGCACGACCACCCCCUACCCAACUCACUCAACCCACGACAAAUGGGUCCGAACCCAGCCCUCUCGACUUCCUUUUCAAGGCAGCUGUGCAGGCGAGAAACUCAAACGCCACGCGAAGCCCGGAGUCUGCCGCCCGGAUGCACUCCCCGCAGACCGAUUCGAAAGCGCUCCCUCCAAAGCCUCAAACUGCUCCUGGUGACGUCUUCGCAUUCGAGAUGGGUUCUCCCAACGAACCGCGAGCGCAUAUUGGCCCUGCUUUCGCGCCGUCUUACCAGGAUCGCAUGGAUGCUCUCCGAUCGUCCAGUUUGCCCUCUCACUCCCCGAAUGCGAUGGACGACCAUCGCCGAGCGAAGAACGAAGAGCUGAAGCAUAUGCUGCUCAACCCGCGUCCUCAGAAACCGCCUUCGUCAAUGUCUCCGGCUACGACUCCGAAUCAGCAUGGUCCGUAUGCGCCUCGCCCGAAUAUCAACUCCAAUGUCCCUCACUAUGCGACUCCCACGCGCACACACUCGGGUCCUUCAGUGCCACUCUCCCACGGCUUCCCGGGCCAACAACAGCCGGUGCCCAGCAGCGCUGGCCGCCCUCCGGUUUCAUACCCAUACGCCAACGGCCCGCAGCAAUUCCGCAACACCAACUCUCCCCUGAGACGCGAGGUCCCCACCAACACGCACCCUUCUGCUCGAUCCUCGCCAUCUCCCUACGGAUAUUACAUGCCUAAUGCACCCAUGCAGCAGCCAGACUUUGCUUCUCCCCAGCCUCAAUACGCAAACGCGGCGUUCAACAUGCCCACGAAUUCUCCGUCGCCUUCCAGGUCCCUGGAGACCAAGCAGAUGGAGGAUGAUCUUCGCCGCAUCUUGAAUAUCAACGCAGCUCCGACGAGCUCGGCCUCGGCUAUCCCGCCGGGCGGAUAUCAAAGUUCCUUUGCUGCUUAA